AUGUCUUUCGGAAAGCUCUACAGCUACUCGGGUAACCCGCGUACCACCUCCCUCCUGGCCGUCGCGAAGGAGAAUGGCCUCGACAUCGAGUUCGUCGACACUGAGCCAGCCAAGGGUGUCUCUGAGGACUACCUGAAGCUCAACAAGCUCGGCAAGGUCCCUACCUUCGAGGGCGCUGACGGCUUUGUCCUCUCCGAGUGCAUCGCCAUCGCUGUCUACCUUGCCUCGCAAAACGAGAAGACCAGCCUUCUCGGCAAGACCAAGCAGGACUACGCCACCAUCUUGCGAUGGAUGUCCUUUGCCAACACUGAGGUCCUCUCCCCCCUCGGUGGCUGGUUCCGCCCCAUCCUCGGCCGCGACCCUUACAACAAGAAGAGCGUCGACGAGUCCCAGAAGGCCGCCCUCAAGGCCGUCCACGUCAUUGAGGAGCACCUCCUUACACACACCUACCUCGUUGGUGAGCGUCUGACUCUUGCCGACAUCUUCGCUGCCAGCAUCCUUGCCCGCGGCUUCCAAUACUUCUUCGACAAGCAAUGGCGCGACUCCAACCCCAACACUACACGUUGGUACGAGACCGUCUACAACCAGGCCAGCUACUCUGCUGUCGCCCCCAAGCUCGAGUUCAUCUCCGAGGCGUUGAAGAACGUCGCACCCAAGAAGGAGGGUGGUGAGAAGAAGAAGGAGCAGCCCAAGGCCGCCCCUAAGCCCAAGAAGGAGGAGGCUGAAGAGGAGGAGGAGGCACCAGCUGCCCCCAAGCCCAAGCACCCUCUCGAGGCUCUGCCCAAGGCCACAUUCGUCCUUGACGACUGGAAGCGCAAGUACUCCAACGAGGAGACCCGUGAGGUUGCCCUCCCCUGGUUCUGGGAGAACGUCAACUUCGAGGAGUACUCCAUCUACAAGGUUGACUACAAGUACAACGAUGAGUUGACCCUCACCUUCAUGACCGCCAACCUGAUCGGUGGUUUCUUCACCCGUCUCGAGGCCAGCCGCAAGUACCUCUUCGGCUGCUGCUCCGUAUACGGACAGUCCAACGACUCCAUCGUCACCGGUGCGUUCAUCGUCCGUGGCCAGGAUGCUCUCCCCGCCUUCGAUGUCGCCCCCGAUGUCGAGAGCUACGAGUUCACCAAGCUCGACCCCACCAAGGAGGAGGACAAGGAGUUUGUCAACGACCAGUGGUCGUGGGACAAGCCCAUCACCGUCAACGGAAAGUCCUACGAGUGGGCUGACGGAAAGGUGUUCAAGUAA